AUGAACGCAAGAAGGAUACGGCACGACGUCAUCGGACCCACUGAGACGGGAAGACAUCGCCCAUUCAACGUCGUCUAUGACACCGGAGAAGAGCUCUUCCUCGGUACAUGCUGCAGUAGAAGAGUGCAGCGUCGCGAUUCUCGUCAACACGAAUUUGGCCAUGAAGAUCGCCUCAUUCGAAAAACUGGCAACUCCAAUCGUUCGGUUGAAGAGAUAUGGAUCAAUACCGGUUAUGACAAUCUUCGUCAUCUGCGCACCGACAUUAAGCUGACGAAGGCCAAGUCAAAUCGUUUUAUAUGGGCUUGA